ACUACACCACGUGAGUUAAUGGUAAACAUGCUACUGCUUCUGUGUUGGGGUCAACUGACUUUUUCAUUUAUUUAGAUGUUUCUAUUCUACAUGUUGAUGCUUUUUUAUUACCAAUAAUUACAAUAUGAUGCGAUGAUUGUUUUUAAAACAUUGUGAGGCUUAUUUCUUUCACAGCUGUUGCUGCAAAGCUAGCAUCAAAAGCUAGCAGGGGACAAGCUACCAUGGCUUAUGCACAGAUAUUUAAAGCACUUCAUUGUAAUUUACCACAAACAGUGUCUCGGUAUAUGAUGAAGUCUUGUAAACUUGCACACGUUCGCUUCAUCGGUCACACGGACAGAGCUGUUUUUGCAACUUCAAGAUCAUCCUUUCAAAGGAGAACAGCCCCGGACCUUUGCACCGUGAAUUGUUUAAUACGGAUCAUAAAAUGGAGAGGGAUUUCUGUCGACUGCAGCAACAGGAAUAAAAGUAGUCCAGAGGAGAGCAGAGGGAAAUCUGUCUCCAGAUUUCAAGGUGGGAGUCCCCAGGCGUCUGCUGCACAGAAAGUCAAAGACGCAGGCAGAGAUUUCACCUAUUUGAUUGUUGUACUGAUUGGACUUGGAGUUACAGGUGGACUUCUCUAUGUGCUUUUCCAGGAACUUUUCUCAUCCUCCAGUCCAAAUAAGGUUUACGGUAAAGCUUUCAACUUAGUCAAGUCAAACCCUGAGGUAAUUGGUGCAUUUGGGGAACCAAUCAAAUGUUAUGGUGAAACUACUCGUCGUGGUAGAAGACAGCAUGUCAGUCAUUUUGAGUUUCUCAAGGAUGGACUUAAGCAUUUGAGGCUUAAGUUUUACAUUGAAGGUUCAGAACCAGGAAUUAAAGGAACAGUCCAUUCAGAAUCCAAAGAGAAUCCUGAGACUGGAAGAUACGAGUUUCGCUACAUUUUUGUGGAAGUAGACACUUAUCCACGAAGAACCAUCAUUGUGGAGGAUAAUCGGUAGAAGCCUACACUAAAACACAACUGUUAGAAUAAGGGGAGUGAAUUUAUAAAGCCAAUUUAUAUAUGUAAUGCAAAUAAAACCAAAUGCAUUGUUAAAUGAAUAAAAGUCAUCAAAACAC